CACGCUAAUAUUCGGACCAGGAAGUGCCAUUAGUUCCGCCCCCUAGUUUCCGCUACGACACAAUAACAUUGCGCAGCGGUGGCUGUGUUCCGUUUCACACGGAAAGACCUGCUGAAGAACCGGAGCCUGGUACAUGGAUCCGCAUCACAAAGACCUGCUGAGGAAACACAGGCUAGUCCUGUGCGAGGAGCUGCUUGUCAGCGACACCAUCAUUCCGUUCUUGUACCAGGAGGACAUUUUAACGGGGGCACAGAUAGAAGAAGUCCAGUCUCAAAGCACAGACCGGAAGAGAAGUCUCAAGCUGCUGGACAUUUUGCCGAACCGCGGCCCGCGAGCUUUCCACUGCUUCCUACAAGCUCUGGACUUCGAAUUCAGCUGGCUCCGAGACCGGCUGCUCCAGGACCUGCGAGUCCGAACUGAAAGUGGAGCCGGGAGGACAAGUCAGGACGAGACAUCGCCGCCCGAUGGACCCGAAGACGUCCGGCGUCUUCCCCCUUCGCUCGGAGAGAAAGUUCCUUCGGACCGUGAGCUGUCCCGGCUGGCGUCUCUUCUGGGCGGCGAGUGGGAGGCGGUGCUGAUGGACCUGGGCGUGUCGGCCGCCGCCUUGUUUCGCUGCCGGGCGGACCACGCCCUCAGCUGUCGCGACGCCGCGCUGGCCGCCCUGCUGCUAUGGCGACGGGCCCAGGGCAAGGGCGCCACCCUGAGCAGACUGGAGCAGAGCCUGCAGGUGGCCGGCGUCCACCCGUCCGUCCUGAGAGACGUCCUGCCGUGACCCGGAACGCCGCCCCCCACGAGACGACACCAACGCUGGAUGUAGUCUUUUAAUACGAACACAUCAGCCAUGACAUCUUUUACACGCCGGCGGGGCAGCGUCGGUGGAAGUAGAAGUGGUAGUCGGUGAAGAGCGCCCCCCCGAGGCGGUGGUCCGUACUGCAGUCGGCUUGACCCUGCAGGCCAGACGAGACCCUGGUCACGUGACGUCACGGUCAGGGAAUAAGGAGGACAGGAAACGUGCGUCUUACGGCCACCGUGGAGCGAAAGUGAUAGGAGCCGUGAUGAAGAGGAGCGACGUGCAGCGGCCAUUGAUGCUCCCCCUGCUCGCACGCACGUGCACACGCACGCACACACACACACACACAUUGAUUGGGCAGUGAUAACAACAGCAGCCACCAGAGGGAGCCAUGGUUCUGGUUCUGGUUCUGGUUCCGACCUGAGUGUUGGACGGGUAUCUGCCGCCGGCGCCGGCGUGGUUUCUGUCGUGCACGCCGGUGCACGCGGACGACUCCUGGAAGGCGCACAGGUGGACGACCAGCAGCUGCGUGGAACUGUCCAAAGCAGACGAGGUCAGGUCAAGGUCAGGUCAAGGUCAGGUCGCCGCCAAGGCGUGGAAGCUAAGCUAGCUGCUCACUUCAUGAGGAGCGUCACUCGCAUGUUGGUGGGCACAAACGGGCUGAUGGGGACCUGGAACACGAACCUGUCGGGUCUGAAGGGGGACGAGCCUCAAGGGUGGAGGCGGACAACGUGCUUUUUUUGGGGGGGGGGUCACACUUACCCGCACUCGUCUCUCACGCAGUAGCGCCUGUCAAUCACCUGCUGGUUCUCUUUGAUCAUGAAAGACGUCAUGCUGGUGUUGGUCCCUGGUGCACACGGUGAGGGCGUCCUGGUGAGGUGGCGUUCCUGGUCAACCAUUUUAAAGCACUUACAGUCUUUGGCGCUGAGAAACUUCUGGAAAAAGUCGUCGGCCGCGUCCGAUUGGCUGGAGCUGAGGUUGGCGUCACAGCGCCCCCCCGGUGGCGAGGGGCAGCAGUACACCGUGUUGCAGUAGAGCAGGUCGCAGAAGUGCACGUCGGGGGGCCACGACGCGGGGGUGCCGGUGGGGGCGGUGGGUGGAGCUUAUUAACAGGCAGAGUAAAGAAUUUUUAAUAAGUCAGAACAAUUGUAUUUUUCAUUCAUUAAACUAUUUAAGUGUUUUAUUUUGAAAUAGUUGAAAUGUUUUUAUUUUCUACACAAGAGGAAAUGAAAAACGUUUUCACAUUUUUGUCAUUUUUUAUGAA